AUUGUAAGAACACAUUCCAAUUAGGCCUACUGCUCAGCGUUCAACAAUUUAUUUUAGCAAGGUUUAAAGAGAAAUUUCGUCGACAAUCUUAGAAAGGAAGCUAAGUUAUUUCCGUCUUUUCUCUCUUAUCACAUACCAACCGUAAUCAAACAUAGGCCUAUGUCAGACAAUUAAAAGCGAUCAAGUAUUCUUACAUUGCACAUCUGUACAGACCUACAUUGACGGAAGAAAUCACACAAAGCUAAUAAACUCACAAGGAAAAGGAUGUCUUCAUUGGGCAAUCAAACUAUAUACGGCUUCACUGUAACGUCUCUUGAUGGGAAACAGAAACAAUUGUCUGAUUACCAAGGAAAGGCAUGCAUGAUCAUCAAUGUUGCAUCUCUUUGAGGCACGACCACGCGCGACUACCAUCAGCUCAAUGAGCUGGCGGGAAAGUACGGGUCGCGCGGCUUUGAGGUUCUGGCGUUCCCCUGUAACCAGUUCGGGCAUCAGGAAAAUUGCAAGAAUGAAGAGAUUCUGAACUUGCUAAAAUACGUCAGACCAGGACAGGGUUAUGAACCACAAUUUCCAAUAUUCUCCAAAGUAACGGUCAAUGGUAAGGACAGCCAUCCUCUCUUCACCUUCCUCAAAACCAGCCUCCCUUUCCCUAGUGACCUGGCAGCAGGAGCGGGGUCAGUCCUCAUGAAUGACCCCAAGGGAAUCAUCUGGAGUCCUGUUAGACGUUAUGAUAUCAGCUGGAACUUUGAGAAGUUCUUGAUUAACAAAGAUGGAGUACCAGUUGGAAGGUACAGUCCCAAACUGCCCCCUGCAGACAUGGCUGGAGAUAUUGAGAAGCUCUUGUAGGCCGUGGGAUAUGCUGCAAAAAAUUAAUGUUCAAUGUUAUUUCAAAACGAAUCUUUCCAUGAUUUGAAAUGAUUUAAUGGCUUUCUAUCAAAUGGAAAAAAAACAACUUUAGUUAUUGACUCUGAAAAUAACACUCGCACAUUGAAUUAUCUUUGAAAAAAAGCUUGAUAUUGACAAAGAAACUAAAUCUUUAAGUUGUAUCACUUUGUAUGACAUGGGAAUUAUAUACAAAGGAACUAAAUCUUUAAGUUGUAUCACUUUGUAUGACAUGGGAAUUAUAUUUCCAUUUCAGAUUUUCUGUUGAUUUAUUAAUCUGAGUUUAAAUCUGGAACUGUUGUUGGGCAUUAAAUGAGUAUUAAUGUUUGAAAUAUAUUGCCUUGCAUUGUUUACCUCUUGUUGUACAUAGGCAGAAGUUAGACCUUCAUUAGCAUUGUUUUUUUCAGUUUCACUAUUCUUUAUUAAACUUUCUUCUUGGACAUUCAUGAACAUUUACUUGUUAGAAAAUAAAGUCAAGACAAUCAUGCAUUCUGUAUGUAAUUCAGCAUGAAAUAGCCCCCCACCCCACUCCCGUUGGGGAAAUAAUUGGUUAACCCACUCAUGAUUAUGUGCCAUAUUCAAUGUAUAAUUGAUGCCAGCUUAGCCAAUCCUAUGUGAUCCCAUAUCUGAUUAUAUGUAAAGCAUUAAUUCAUCAAUCAGUAUUUUGUGUGUGAUUUUAACCUUGACAAUGUUAUCAACUGGGAUAACCCGUAACACUUCCAUUGAUUAUUUAUUCUUCACAAUAGUAUUUAUUUGUAUUUGCACUUGACAGCUUUUAUUUUCUGUGUUUUCUUUUUUUCAAAGACCAUUUUUUUCUUUAUGAUAGUAUUGUUUUUAAAUCAAGCCUUGAAGAAAUGAUAUUUGAUGUGUUGGAAAACUGAUGUACUUAAAAAAAGGAAACACUGAAAAUAAUGGUUUGUUUUUAUGUGCUUAGACAGUCAUUAGUCUUCAGGGUCAGUAUGUAGAUGUGAGAAGUAUUAGUAUUGUAUGUGCCUUUAUUUCAUGCUUUCUUUACCUCUUGCAGAUGUCUCCCAUUGAUUUUUAUUCUCAUCUAUGAUGGCGUUGUCUUAAACUCUUAAUAGAGAGAGCAAUGCCGGAUGCUUUAGAGAAUCUAAUCAAACGCAAUUUGUGAUACAUGUGCAGGAGAUAAAGUAAUCAUUUGGAGAUCAUUUUACAUUAAAAGAGAAAAUAUUAAAUGAACCACCAA